AUGAGGAAAAUAGCCAGCGAAUCAGCUCGAGAUCGACGAAUUUCAAUCGCUAAUGCAAGGUCCGUAGAAAGUAUUAAAGUUAGAUUGAAAUUGCUCGAAGAGAAGAAUGCUACGAUGCGUGAGAAGUGUCGUGAGCUCUUUGGAGAAAAAGAGAAUUUGAAAAGUCGUCUUGACGGGGAGAAAAGUAAAAACAAAGAGUUGGAGCAUAAAUUAGCUUCGUUGCAAGUAGAAUUGACGAAGACGAAGAGGGAAAUUACUGAAAAAUCAAAUAAACGAAUGGAAGAUGAAAUUUUAAAUAAAAUGGAAAAUAGCAGCUCGACAACCGAUGUCAUUGCGACCGUAGAGCGGGCCGUACAGAAUUGGUCCCUUUGUCAGGGAUGUCAGAACAAAUUGGAGAAUUUUACAAACGGUGUAACUACGGUCACAAUUACGAGAUCGGAGCUGGAUAUCAUGGAAAAGGACAUGCAAGUCCUAAGGGACGCAGUAAUAGCGAGAGAAGAAGCUUGGGACAAGGCAAUGGAACGAGAACAAACGUAUCGUCAGCAAAUACUUAGGCUAACGUGCGAGACGAUUACUAUGCGUCACAUUCAGGAAUCUCGUGAGGAAGAAUUAAGAGUUAUCAGGAAUAUCUUGAAAGAGAGAGAAGGCGACCUGAGGAGUCUACAGAAAAGAGAGAGCAGUUUAAGGAAGAUCGUAACGAAACUUAACAGGUAUCAAAGAGAUCCAGAAGUGAAUCUUGGAAAUUUUCCGACGUUAGAAUUGACUGAGAAAGAGCAGAGAAUUAUUGAAGAGUGCUCGAGACAAGUAUUAUCCAGCUUGAAAGGAAAACAGAGAACGAAAUCAAAAGGAAACGUAGUAAGCGAAUCACAACAACAGUGUUACUACAUGUCCAUCUAUGAAAAAUAUCUACAUAUUAUACUUGUAUCUCAAGUAUAUUCAAAAUGUAUACAUAAUGCAAUAUUAAAAGCUAGAAUUCUACAAGCUGUCGAGCGCAUGAACUAA